AUGUCAAAAAGAACAAAGAAGGUAGGAGUUACUGGAAAAUAUGGAACCCGAUAUGGAUCAUCAUUGCGAAAAGAUAUUAAAAAAAUGGAAAUUCAGCAACAUACUAAAUAUUUAUGUACUUUUUGCGGAAAAACAAGCGUAAAAAGACAAUGUGUUGGCAUAUGGAAAUGUUUAAGAUGCUCUAAGGUUAUUUCUGGAGGAGCAUGGACAAUUUCGACCACUACUGCUGCUAGUGUUAGAUCAACAAUUCGAAGAUUACGUGAAAUGGCUGAAGCCUAA